UAGUAGUCCUUUUGCUCUCGUGAUCCGUUCUUUAAGCGGCGAUCCACCGAUCACCCGGUGCCAUUGGCUUAAGGCUGAAAUGAUGGGUUGGGUACCUGCAUCCUGCAGGAAGUGCGGCAGACAGCGACGAUGCAUGGAUCGCCCAAUCAUGAAACGGUCACCAGAGGAGGGGUCGUCCAUAGUGCAACCGACCGAAUGGAACGGAGGCUGGUCACGCGAAGCCCCGUGGGGAUUGUCUGAACUACACGAUAUGCAUGUCGUCACAAAUAAGUGCCCUGCAUCGAUUGCUCUGCCUGAUGAGGAGGAUUUGGUAAGCGAGCGGAGUAUGUUCAGCUCCGCGCUUAUGGUGACCAUUACGUGGAUCGUGCCUCGUAGAUUAGGCGAUCAGCAUAGCUUGAUAUACGUUCAUCCGUGGACCUUGCGAUAUCGAGAGCUAGGCAGAGUCGGAAGACCUAGCUGGCGCGAUGGUAGCGCAUAUGAUUUCUGCGAUAUAGCAUGUACAAUCAUGUGGUCGUGGACUCAAGUUUCACAUCAGGUUUCAUUCUCUUUGACGUCGCUUUUCUUGCCAUGCGCGCCUUCGGGGUUGAUUGUAACAUGUAAUUGGUAUACCAGAAUGUCUUUCCCUUGGGUAGCCUCACACGCUGUUACCUCCCGAGAGGUUUGGAGUCUCUUUAGCGUUAAUGAUACGAAUCAUCCGAAGGAUCGUGAGUUGAUCAAAGUACUGGAGAAGUGUCUGCUAUACCUGACGCGAGUUCUCUGGGAGAUAACUGAAUGUAAGAGUGCAAUGUCGGCUCUUACUCUUUUCAUUUCCUACUAGCGACAUCGAGUAUCAAUACAAGACCAUAUUUAAAGAUAUAGCUGAUUCUAGGCUCUACUCUGGUAGACUCUUCAGACUCACAAUAACCACCACGGGACGACUUUAACCAGAGUCUGCCCGAGCAAAGCAUCACCAGGAACUUCAGCCGCGAUGAUACGAGUCCUUCCCCUCCUCAUAGUAAUUCGACAUCUCAAUCCCUGAAUUAUGAUAACCGCACUUCCCAUAGAACG